ACUGAGGCUAAACAAAUACAGAUGAACCUCAGAGCACAUUCACGAAAAAUGCUGGCAAUUUUGGAUGGUUUAGAAGACGCUCGGAAUCAACGGGAGCAGCAAGCGCCUGCACAUGCGGUCUAUUCUUAUUUUUUGUUAUAUAUAGGCCUAGUAAGCUUGUUGAUGAAUAUUUAUCAUUACAAUCAGAGUGCUGCAUUACAAAGGGACCUUUCCGACUAUGUUUUAUUGAUUAAAUUACAAUAUAAUAUUAUUAUUGUACUGUUGCGCAAUAUUGUAACCUUACAUAUUUAGUUUAUAAGGCAGUGGCACUGUUGUGCAUAGUGCCUAUUUGUGUUGAAAUGAGGAAUCCACAUCUACUCAGCGAUGGCUGGAAGACAAUCAAUGCAAAGGAUGCAACUGGGAAUAAAAAGUUUAAACGAAAAGGUCGGGACCCAAAACGUGUCACCAGUGAAGAAGUCCAAAGUUUCGAACAUGAUUUAAGAAUGGAAGACGACUCUAUGGGGGAACUGAUGGAAGAGACAUGUAGAAACCGUGUCCAAAAAAGACUGCAGGACCCUGGUACAGUUUUAUCUGUGGAGAAAUCUAUCAUUUCAUCUGAAAACCCGAAUAUUGCUAUUGACAUGAGGAUAAAUGCUUUACCAUCUACAGUUACUGGGACGCUCCCAUCGCAGUACGAGUCAACAUCAACAAGCAGAGACUCUUUUCACAGCACAUUCCCACAGGCUACAAGUUAUGACCAUCAACAGUCAUUUGGGUCCGAUCACACAUUACAGUCCCGGAUCGUCCUGUGCCAGCGCUCGGAGAGGUCCCUUUCCUCAGCUUCUCAGGCGUCCUACAUCAAUAGCAGCGACCUGGUGGAAUCGCCAAGGAAACGGCUGGGAGAAACGUCUGGCGUCAUCACUGAGAUCAAAGCCGUUCAGCAGACACGGAGGCUACUGGCGAAUGCCAGAGAGAGGACCCGGGUGCAUACCAUCAGUGCAGCCUUUGAGGCGCUGAGAAAGCAGGUGCCCUGCUACUCCUAUGGACAGAAGUUGUCAAAGCUGGCUAUAUUAAGAAUCGCCUGCAACUACAUCCUGUCGCUGGCUCAGCUUGCAGACCUGGACUACACCCCAGAUCACGGCAACAUGAGCUUCCGAGAGUGCGUGGAGCAGUGCACCCGCACCCUGCAGGCCGAGGGACGCUCCAAGAAGAGAAAGGACUAAAAUCAGUGGAGUGAACCAGACUUCUUAACAAGGCCCUUGAAAAAAAGAAACUCUUCAGACCUCUUCUUCAUCAAGGCCACUCUUGGGAGGAGACUACAAUCAGGCACUUAGCCAUAUGAUGGACCUAAUUUCAUAGGCCUACUUGAUACCUGUUGAGGUAGCAGACAUAUCAAGAAUCACCAGUUAUGGAUAUGUUUCUGCCUGUCAUGAGUUGGAAUGAAUCUCAUUUGGUUGAUGUUUGAAGAGUUAAAAGUGGGAGACAGCAUUGGAUGUUCUUCAUGCAAACAAGCAACCAUGCCUGCUGGAUGACAUCAGAUUGUUUAAUCCCAUUGACAAUUACAUUUUAGUCAUUAAGCAGACGCUCUUAUCCCGCACAAUUUACAGUAGUGAGUACCCACAUUUUU